GACAAUCAUAAGGCACACACUGCCGUCCCUUCCAUGGACACUGCGAAUGCUCCGUCAUCGGCAUCCUGCAAUGUCGUAUCGUUGUAUGGAAUAUGUUCAAGAUCCUUGCCAUGGACGCUCCGAAGGCGGACUCAUCAUACCAUCUCCCGUCGCCAGAAUACGAGUACGAGGUUUUGUGUCCACUCAGCGAAAACUCGGCUCACGGAGUUAUGUUCAUCCGGACAAAAAAUUCGGCCAUAAACCCUUCUCCCAUUGGUCAGAGCGGAGAUAGCGAUAACCUAACUUUAAGGUGACUCGAAGCCAAAACCACGAACAUUGACGAUGCGCGACGAGAAAUGGGAGUUGCACAAGUUCGUGUCGAGGUCAAUCUUCCAGUUUUUCCUGGUUGCCUUCUUGCACCCUAUAGUGGUGAUGUUGUAAGAUAUCUCUGGACUUGGGUCGCUGAUAUUAGGCGACAGACACCCGAUUCAUGAAUUCAUCAGCAGCAGGCGGAGGUGGCAGCAUUGCGAAUCCUUUGCGAAAAAGACGUCGACGACCAGCACAUAGCUGUGUUGAAUGCAGGCGCCGGAAGGUCAAAUGCAACAGGCAGAACCCUUGCAACCAUUGCACGUCUGGCAGAAAGCAGACAGAAUGCACCUACGCCCCAAAUCCUCCAACGCGCAAAGCCAGAUCACAAAAACGAAACAUUUCACCCAGACCACUCCAAAGUUCAUAUCCAAGCCCUCCCUCCCCGACGGAGGCCGCAACAGAUCAUGCUACGAGGCCGCCGCCAGGAUCCACGGUAUUUGUUGAAACCCCAAUCUCGACAGCACCGGUCGAAGACAGACCACGAGAUGAUCUUGCUCGUCGCUUGCAGACGCUGGAGAACAUGUUUUCCACUUCCAAUCCUAACCAUUGUGAGGCUGUUCACACACCGCCGCCGCUCCAAAGGCUUAACGAUGGGCGGGCCUCACUCAACAAAACCAGAAUGUUUGGCCGAAGCCACUGGACGUCAUCAAUAUGCGAGUUCAAAUGGGACACGCUUCGACUUUUCCUGACAGAGACCGAUGUCGUGGAGGAAGAUGACAACGAAGAGGUCAAAGCUCUCAAAUCCGAGAUGCGAACCAUGCUGCACAAAUGCAAAGUCCUGGCCAAGAGUACCAAGGUGGCACGGCCAAGUCGAUGCUUCUCGUGCCCUGAACUCACCAAUCUCGCACGGCUUCCUCGCGCGACUUCAGACUUGAUGACUCACCUGUAUUUGUCGAAGUUCGAGUCGUCUUUUCGUAUUCUUCAUAAGCCUUCGUUCUUGGUCGACUAUGAGCAAUAUUGGGCAAAUCCAUCGGCCGCUUCGGCAGAUUUAAGGCUAAAGGUACAGUUGGUUAUCGCGAUAGGGUCAAGUCUCUCCCCCAAACGAAUCGCUGGCGCCGAAACUCGAUCAAUGGCCUCCCAUUGGAUAUAUGCCGCCCAGAAUUGGCUCGCUGGCCCUUUGGAGAAGGACAGAUUUACCAUUAGUGGGCUGCAGGUACAUUGCCUGUUGAUUCUGGCACGACAGAUCUUAUCGAUAGGAGGAGACUUAAUAUGGGUGUCGAUGGGUACGUUAUUGCGGACUGCCAUGCAGAUGGGCCUCCACCGAGACCCAAAAGCCUUUCCCAAAAUGAGUAUACUGCAGGCCGAGAUCAGGCGACGACUGUGGGCAACGAUUCUGGAAUACACUGUCCAGUCGUCCCUUGAUUCGGGGAUGCCGCCGAUGAUCACUUUUGAGGACUUUGACACUGCGGCGCCGGCCAAUGUCGAUGACGAGGAAAUAAAUGAACACACCAAAGUCUUGCCACAUCAUCCCCGGAGCCAAGUCACAGCGAUGGCUGCUCAACUCGUUCUGCUCGAUUCUUGUCGUCCAAGAAUGAAGGCUGUACGGUGCAUGAACGGGCUGGGGUCGGAAAUGCUGUACGAUGAAGUGCUUGCUCUGAGUGCAGAUAUCAGCCAGGCGUGCGAGGUCAGCCGUGCCGACACGAGUCAACUCAGAUCAGCCCCAUUCGGUCAGAAUAUGAAUGAUCUACUCCUUCGACGGUUUCUUCUGCCACUCCAUCGGAUCUUCGCCAACCGGGCAAGCACACAUCCUCUGUUCUGCUUUUCCAAGAAAACCUGCCUCGACUGCGUCACGGUUUUCCUUUCGUCCGAGUUGGACGACAAUUUCGCCCACAUUCUGCGAAGCGGCGGAGGGUUCAUCAAAGGUGGCAUUCUCUACAUGUUCCUCGCGUUGGGUAUUGAAAUCGUGCAGGAGUUCCAGGUGAAUGGCAUCAGAAGUACUCAGCUGCAUCGGAAAUGGCUGAUCGAUGCCUUGAACGAUGCCAUCGAGCUAGCAGUUGAUCGCCUACGUCUGGGCGAGACGAAUGUGAAGAUGCACCUGAUGCUCAAUAUGAUCCAGGCUCAGAUUCAGCCAUCGAACUCCCCCACGGAGCUGAAUCUGAGGCUGGGACGAAAGGGAUUUGAAGCCCUUCAGACCUCCUAUAGUAUUCUGCAGGAGAACACGGCUCCCAGUACUGCGUUCUCGGUCAACGAGACGGACAUGACUUUCUUCGAAGGUGGUCAAGAUAACAGCAUGGGCCUCGACUACCAGUUUGAUGACCUUCUUCUGAACACGGAUGUGAUGGACGGUAUGUUUGAUAAUUGGGCAUCUCAGAUUUGGCCAGAGGUUCAGGAAUUUUGCCCCUUUGUAUAGUAUUUGUUACGAUGGGACGGUAUGUGCAAGUGGCCACCAAAAGUGGAUUGCUAUUACGAUCAGACAUGUCAUCUCCUCAACCCUGGAUAUUCGCUUCGACGGAGUAGUUUUCGUACUCGCACUCGUACUCGUAUCCGAUGCUGAUUAUAUAAGCCUUGGCUUGAGUCGGCAGCCGGAAGAUUCUGACUCCGGAG